AAAUCGGAUAACCAAGACGAUGACAUAUUUCUCUCCUUCUAUGUAACUACGACAUCUGGCUAACGAAAAUCGAUUCCCAUGCAGGUUAUUUUUGAAACACGGAAUCAAUUUUCCUCAAAAGCAUGGAAUUCGUGCAUUUUUAAACGUACCUAUAUCGUACAAAAGGUACAUUUCAUAUAUUAGGAAAAUCGAUCGUUACAGUUCAAUAUUGUAACUCUGUUUCUAAUUCACGUUUGGCACGUUAAAGAAUAUUUUGUCUAUUGCAAUGCACCGCUUAAAACAUAGUUGCGAUGACAGCGGCACGUGUCAUGGCGAGUGUGUUGUUAUAAACGAAAGUCGUGUGCUGUGAAUCGUACGUAAAAUCGAAAGCUGUCAAUUACAAUAUUCAAGAUGAGGGAAGAGACAGUAUUAAGUUUAAAGUGGCAUAGUUUUCCGUCGCAUUUGGCAGUUUCCCUCGAUACAUGUUACGAGAAGCAACAGUUUGUAGAUCUUUCUUUAGUAUGUAAAGACGGAACGAUUUUAAAAUGUCACAAAAUGGUAUUGGCCAACUCGAGCUCGUUCUUUCGUCGCCUGCUCGUCGCCAACGAUCAUCCUCAUCCUAUGAUUAUUCUUCACGAUAUCGAAGCGGAUGAUCUCAAGACUAUCGUCAAUUUCAUGUACUGCGGUGAAAUACAAGUGGUUCAAAGUGAGGUUAGAAGGCUGUUGAAAUUGGCCGAAAUUUUGGAAGUCACCGGACUACGGCAUAUUCAAACUUCCGUUUUGGUAGGAGAAUCGAACAACGCGUCUCAUGAUACGUCCAGGAAAACGACCACGGUAUCUCGCUUAAAAAUCGAAGAAACGAAAUGUCUACCUACCAAAACAGUACCUGAUCAUGAUCCUAAUAGUAAUAAACCACAAAAUAAGACGGCCAGUCAAUCGACAAAGUUGCCUUCGUCUACUCAUCUUCAUAAAAGCAGAAAUAAAAUCCCGCUGGACACUACCAAAAAAAGUGAAGAGGGUAAUAUUAAUUUAUUAAGUCAACGUUUAGAUACAGGGCGCUCUGGAAUCAGUAUUGUAGACAUUAACGACAUGCCAAGUACUAGUAGAGGAAUUACCAACCCACCACCUCAAAAAAGAAAAGAGCCUUCUGAACCUGUCAUUAGUUGGCCUCAUGUUCUGUCUGCUAUAUCGAAGGAUAAAUCUUUGCCUUUGAAAAAAUUAUGUAUUAUGGACGAAGUUGAAAUUACAGCUGGAAAACCACCUACGAGUAGUCAAGAGUUUCAGAGAAAUGAACCUUUAGACAAAAGGAAACAAAGGACUAGUUCAGAAAGCAACAAAUCUAUGAAGUAUGCGGUUUAUAUAAAAGAUGAAGUAGAUAUAUUUGAAAUGGAAGAAGACACGGAUAUGGACCCUCUUGAAGUCGAAGAAAUUGACAAUGAAAAUUCGGAGACACUCAUGGGAUCGUCCCAAAUGUUUCCUGUUGUGAAUGUGGAACAGACAUAUUAUAACGCAGGGGCGCUUUCUGAAUUUCCCCCAAGAAAGGGAUCCAACGGUUAAUAGAUAAAAAAAAUGUUUUAAAUUAUUAAUAUAUGUUGCUUUGAAGAUAACACUUAGAGACUGAAUAAAACUUUUUGUGAUUAUAAAUACUUGUUUAAAAAAGAA